AUAGCCGAACGCUUGUUUGACAGAAUAUACGCUAUAAGUUAGUGUCAGUGAUUUGCGCAGUUCAUAAGAGAAGGAAAUAAAUUAAAAGCUUAUUACAACCAACCAAAAUGGAGACCAUGCAAAUUAUUGGCAACUUUCAACUAAUCAGUGCCAUUUGGCAAGAAGAUUUACCAAAAAUUAAGGAUCUAAUCGAUUCUGGCGCUGACAUCAAUUUUGUGAACCUGUACAAUAACAACAACACUCCACUUCAUGACGCAGUGACUUCUGGUAAUCCAGAAAUUGUCGAAAUGUUGCUAGCUGCUGGAGCAAGCCCCACUGCAAAAAAUGAUAGGAAUCAGGAUCCAGUUGAUUUGUGCUCACGUCUGGAAAACAAAAAAAGGGAAAUCAUUCGAGCAAUUUUCAACCAUUCCAAGCAAACUGCUGAAAAAAUGGACAUCGACCAGGAUUUUUCCACUACAACCUUUUACAGACGACAUGGAACGACAGCUGUAGGUCAGUACUAUGAAACCAAGUUGUUGAGUAUGGUUCUGUUCCGGUUACUUCAUGAUGAUCAGAUCAAGAACUUUUAUCUUGGAAACAACCUUGACGAGGCCGGCAGGUUUGACGACAUUGUCCUGAGAACCAUCAACGCUGGAGGUAAAUCGCAAGUUUAUUGUCUUCAAACCAGACACAAACCAAAAUCGUCAACGGUUAAGUUUGAAGACAUCGUCAACUCACAUGACCUUCGGGGAGCUUUUAAUUUAAAUAAAUAUCUAGAGAGCUUUCUGCAAAUACGUUACAUGUUUAGUUCAACUAAUGAGCAUGCAAUAUUUCAUGGAGAAUAUGAAACAACUGAGCUGGAAUUGAUUCUAUUCACCCCAGCUAUGUUUAUUUUUCCUGAAGAUGCCUCCUGUGAAUACAUGGUCGGUUGUAAGAUAUUUCAGGCAAAUAAGGUAGGAAAAAACUUCAGAAUUAAUUGCUCUGACAAUAUAACAGAAUCCUUUGUAGGAAAAUCAAAAGAAUGGCACCGAAAUGUUAUUUCAACAAUAUUGGCUAAACUUGUAUUGCUGCAUGAGUACGACUCAAAAAAUUUAAAAGAAUCAAUAGAGAAGCUUCAAAAAGAGAAUGUUUUGAGUAAGUUCACUGACAAUGCAGGCAGUUUCAAUUGGUUAGGAUUGCUACAACUGUACAGUAAUCCCCAAGUCAUGAGCAUUUCUAACAAGAAUGUAAAACAAAUGUGCCGAGAUAUUUCUAAAUUACUUCAAGAACCUCUCAUUCCAUCCCAUGGGGAGCACGUUAAACUUGUAAAAGAUUUUUUUGGCAAAUUGAGAAUUUACUCAGAGCAGGCAACUGAAGACGAACUGGAGGAAAUUAUAAGACGUGAUAUAAAGGCACAACAUUAUGAAAAUGAUUAUAUAGUGUAUAGUAAGUCGCAUGAUGCUGUUGAAAGAUGGUACAAACAAACUGGGCUAGUGUCAUAUCUAACAGACUCAUUGAAUAUUUUCAAACAGAUAAAAAGCGAUAUACAAAUAGAACAAAUCAAUUCAGCUAGUUUAAUUAGGGUAGGAAGAAGUAUACUCAAAUUUCGUAGAAUAAAAGUUAUCAACACAAAGUGGGUAAAAUGUUAUCAACGUUUGCAGAAAGAGAAUAAAUUUUGGUUUAAUAUAGUUAGUAACUCCCCUUUUGUUUGUUGUGCUAAGCUAAAUUUGUAUUUCAACUGGUGUAACACCGAGUUUAAAUUCAUAAUAUUAGAUACCACAGAAAUAAUGUCUAUCCUCGAAGAUUUUUGCAAAGCUAAUCCAAAAUGCUUAAUUGUUGCAUAUUUGCCUAACAAUGAAAGGGAACAUAUCAAAAAUAUUUACCAAAAGGUUGACAAAUUGAUUUUUAUUACUAAAGGCGAAUGCGGUGGUGAUUGGAUAUCUUUAAGAGACGAAGAAAACGACUUGCUCGAUAUUGAAACACAAAGCCAGCUAGAGCUAUUAGAAACCACUGUACUAUUCCAAGGGUCCUUAAUAGCCCUAAAAACGAUAAUGGAUGACGCACCGAAGGAGCUCAUAGACGCAGUUACAUUAGAAAAACUCGUUAGUGGUGAUAAAAUAAUCAUAUCACAUAAUAAUUUUCUUAAUUCUAUCGAUUUUUUCAUUGACAGAGUUUUGAUAAGUAGUACUCAGGUCUCCAAAUCGAUUACAGAAAUUGAUGAUUGGGUGGUCAUAGUGGCGGCCGAACCGGGAAUGGGAAAAUCCACAUUGUUGUCAGGACUUGCGAUGGCUGUCAAAAAGAAAAGUCCUGCUACAUGGAUUGUGAGAAUAAACCUUUGUGAAUAUUCGAAACUGUUUUAUCAGUGGAAGCAAGCAAAAACAACAAUUGAUGUAGAUUUGGCCAUGAACUUCUUGAUUAAAUCUGCAUGUCGUGAAGAAAACAUUAGCUCUGAAUCAUUCGAAACCAAAUUAUUCCGAUGGUACUGUGAGCAACAAAAAAUUUACCUUUUAAUUGACGAAUUUGAUGACGUGAGUCCUGAUUACACUGACAUUGUAUUACAGUUGCUAAUAAUUUACAAAUAUAAUUUUACUACUAAACUUUGGGUAACAACUCGUAAGGAAAAAUCACAAGAAGUACUGGAAAAAAGUCUUCGAGUUGAUUCAUAUUCUUUGAACCCAUUUACUUUAGAGGAUUCAAAAUGUUUCUUAAGGAAGUUUUGGGGUAAAGCUUUCAAUAGUAUUAAUGAUAACCAAUUAUAUGACAAUUAUAUUGAACAAUUGUUUUCAGUUUUAAGCCAAUAUGCUGAAACCGGUCAAUCAGACCUAGUUGGUAUUCCAUUCCAGACAAAAAUGAUUGCUCUUUUAUACCAACCAAGUUUUGAUGAAUAUUUCAUGUCAGAUAACAGUUGCAUAAAUUCACGAUGCUUGAAUUUAAAUGAUUUAUAUAAAAGUUUUGUUCGAUAUAAAUUUGAAGUAGUAUUAAUGGAGGAAAAGAACAAAAUCGUUCCGAGUAGACCAAUGGUUAUAAAGCAUAUCGAACAUUAUUUUAAAAUCUUUUGGGAAAGACAUCAAAGAGCUGCAUUCUAUGCUCUUGUCAAUCGAAAAUCAAUUGAAGGAAUUUUUAAGGAAUCCGACAUGGAUUUUUUGCAAGACGAAUGUUAUUUUGAACAAGUGGGAAUUAUUUCCCGUGUUGUUGAUGGGAUGCCAAUAUUUGUAAAUCAAAGUUUUGCUGAUUUUUUCGCAGCGCAAUAUAUUUGGGAAAAAUACUGUUAUUUGCAGGACGAAGGAUUUGAAAAAUUUGUUGAUAAUAUUUUGAUAAAUGUUGUCAUUAAAGGCGGUAAAGUCCGAAUUGCAGAAUAUUUGCGAGGGUGUAGAAUAGACGACUGCGCAAAUAUUGCCAUGAAAGCUAGUGUGCUAAUGAAAAACCUUCUUAAUGUAUUCUUAGAGAAGACAUGGCUAGAAUUUAAAAAACCUACCUAUUCGUUUAUUCUGGGAAUCAUAGAACAAUCAUUAGCAGCGGACAGUGAAUGCUAUCUGAAGCUUCGAGAUACCAACGUUAUACAUAGAGAAAAGUGGAGUAUUCUUUUUCUUAAAGCUUCAGAGUGCGGAUACAACUUAAUUACCCGUCUGGUGACUGAUUUGGAACCUGGUCUAACAAACAUUACUUUUAAUUGGUUAAAAGGCUGGACUGCACUUCACUUUGCAGUGAACUGUUGUCAUUACAAAAUUAUACACUUCCUUUUAGACAAAUCUGCUAACAUCAACGCAAUCACUUUUGAUAAUGGACAGAGUGCAUUGCACAUGGCAGUUGAAAAGGGACAUUUAGAUAUUGUUAAACUUUUGUUGCGUUACGAAGCUGAUGUAAAUAUCAGUACUACAGGUACUGGAGUCACCCCUUUGCACGUGGCAGCCCAAUCAGGUUAUUUUAAGAUUGUUGAAUUAUUGCUGAGCAAAGGAGUUAAUGUUGACUGUGCCAAUAUUGAUAACGCAACUGCUCUACAUUUAGCUUCCGAAAAUGGUCAUACAGAAACGGUGGAACUAUUGUUAAAGAACCACGCGAAUGUUGACAAGAAAACAAUUAAAAACGGUUCUACGGCUUUGCUUUUGGCAUCCAAGAAAGGUCAUACAGCCGUUGUUGAACUUUUGUUAGCAUAUGGAGCGGACCCCAACAUAAAAACAGAUUAUUGGGGAUUUUCGCCACUAUACUGGGCAGCACGUAAUAAUUCGAUUGAAAUAGUAUCAUUAUUAGAAGGCAAGGGUGCUGGCAUUGAUACGGUUACUUAUUUUGUUGGCCAUACUGCGAUGCAUAUUGCAAUUUUAUACGGACAUACUGAAAUUGUGGAGUUCCUGUUGGCAAAAGGUGCAAACAUCGAAUUAGCUACAAAAGUAGAAGGGUGGACACCAUUAGACCUUGCCAUUAAAUAUAACGCAUUUAAAAUUAUCACAGCCUUGAAAGAAGCAGGGGCAGAGUUGAGGCGAGAAGUCGAUACCAAAGGAAGUUUUGAGAUUUUUGGAUCACUUUCGGGUGGAAAAUCAAUCCUUGAAGGAGAGAGAUCAGGAAUACAGGAACCAAGAAAGGCCAUGAAACGUAAAUACCUGGAACCUAAAUCAUUUAUUGAAACUUUCUGUAAAAGACCAGCAUCACCUGUCCUUGGUCAACAUUAUGAAACCAAGUUGUUGAGUAUGGUUCUGUUCCGGUUACUUCAUGUUGAUCAGAUCAAGAACUUUUAUCUAGGAAACAACCUUGACGAGGCCGGCAUGUUUGACGACAUUGUCCUGAGAACCAUCGACGCUGGAGGUAAAUCGCAAGUUUAUUGUCUUCAAACCAGACACAAACCAAAAUCGUCAACGGUUAAGUUUGAAGACAUCGUCAACUCACAUGACCUUCGGGGAGCUUUUAAUUUAAAUAAAUAUCUAGAGAGCUUUCUGCAAAUACGUUACAUGUUUAGUUCAACUAAUGAGCAUGCAAUAUUUCAUGGAGAAUAUGAAACAACUGAGCUGGAAUUGAUUCUAUUCACCCCGGCUAAGUUUAUUUUUCCUGAAGAUGCCUCCUAUGAAUACAUGGGCGGUUGUAAGAUAUUUCAGGCAAAUAAGGUAGGAAAAAACUUCAGAAUUAAUUGUUCUGGCAACAUAACAGAAUCCUUUGUUGUAAAAUCAAAAGAAUGGCACCGAAAUGUUAUUUCAACAAUAUUGGCUAAACUUGUAUUGCUGCAUAAGUACGACUCCAAAAAUUUAAAAGAAUCAAUAGAGAAGCUACAAAAAGAGAAUGUUUUGAGUAAGUUCACUGACAAUGCAGGCAGUUUCAAUUGGUUAGGAUUGCUACAACUGUACAGUAAUCCCCAAGUCAAAAGCAUUUCUAACAAGAAUGUAAAACAAAUGUGCCGAGAUAUUUCAAAUUUACUUCAAGAACCUCUCAUUCCAUCCCAUGGGGAGCACGUUAAACUUGUAACAGAUUUUUUUGGCAAAUUGAGAAUGUACUCAGAGCAGGCAACUGAAGACGAACUGGAGGAAAUUAUAAGACGUGAUAUAAAGGCACAACAUUAUGAAAAAGAUUCUACAGUUUAUAACAUGUUACAUAAUGCUGUUGAAAGUUGGUGGAAACAAACUGGUAAAGUUCCAUUUUUGAGUAAGUCUUCCAAUAUCUUUAAAAAAGUCCUGUUUGAAACAAAGUUAAAGGAAAUCCAUGAGAAAAACAAGAAGGACAUAUUAAGUAGUGAAAUUAAAAUUAAUUCAACUGCAUUUGAAAUGAAUCCAAAAUGGGUAAAUCUUUUUUAUGGUGCAGAGUUUAAAAAGGAACUUUGUAUUAAUAUUUUCAGUAGCUUGCCACAACUUUGUUGUUUGAAUCUUUUGCAAUAUCUCGAAUAUUAUUCUUUUGAUUUUUUGGUCGUUACAGAAAAAUCUCACAUGCAAGAUAUAUAUAUUUCUGAAUUUAAACCACAACACUUGAUUGUUUUGUUUUUACCUAGCAUAGAUGUUGAUAGCAUUGGAGAUUUUAGUAAAAAAGUAAAGCAACUAAUUUUUAUUACUAAACAAGAAUGUGUUGGAAAUUGGAGAUCAAUCAAAGAAGAAACAAGCAUACUCGACCUUGAAAUUCAGUGUCAGGACAAACUUCUUGAUAGCGAAGUUGAAUUUCAGGGCUAUUCCAUACAAUUAUCAGUGCUAAUGGAGAAUGUUCCCCUAAAAUUGAUAGACGCAGUUACAUUGGAACAUCUCAUUAAUAAGGAGAAGUUUUCCAUUUCUAAAAAUAUUGUAUUCAAUCAAGAUGAUAUUGAAAACUACUAUAUCGAAAGAUGUUUGCGUAACAAACGUUACAAAACGCCCAUCUUGAAAAAAAAUCAUAAAGAAUAUGAAAGGGUUAUAAUUGUUGCAGCAGAAGCGGGAAUGGGAAAAUCCACACUGUUGCCUGGCAUUGCAAAAGAAAUCAAACAAAUGGAAAAAAAAUCUGCUACAUGGAUUGUGAGAAUAAACCUUUGUGAACAUUCAAAACUGUUUUAUCAGUGGAAGCAAGCAAAUACAGCAAUUGAUGAAAAUUUGGCCAUGAACUUCUUGAUUGACGCUGCACGAUGUGAGCAAAACACUAGCUAUGAAUCAUUCGAAACCAAAUUGUUCCGAUGGUAUUGCGAGCAUUUUAAAAUUUAUCUUCUGGUCGACGGGUUUGAUAAGAUAAGUCCUGAUUACGCUGACAUUGUAUUACUGUUGCUACAAACUUAUAAGCAUAACUUUACAACCCAACUUUGGGUGACUACUCGUACUGGCAAAAAUCAAAAAGGUUUGGAGGAAAGCCUCGAAGUUUGUGCUUAUUUCUUAGAACCAUUCACAGAAGACGAAAUUAAACGUUAUUUGUGGAAAUAUUGGAGUUUCAAAUUGAAUAUAAAACCAGAAAUCAACGAUUUGUUUAAUGAUUACAUCAAAGAGUUUCUGUUAAGAUAUUCUAAAUUGAAUGAUUACAGGGGGCAUAAGCUGAUAAGUGUACCACUGCAAAUAAAAAUGAUUGGCAUGAUAUUCGAAAACAGUGUUAAAACAUUUUGUAAUUCAAAUGGUUCUCAAGUUGAAUUUUAUGACCCAAAUAUAGUAACUUUAUAUGACAAGUUUCUGAAUAAUUUUCCAGAGAUUGAAAAUAUAAGCACACAACUUGCCGUAUGGACGUUGUACAAACAUGCAGAAAAUUACCCUAAAUUGAUUGAUCCAGUGGAUAGUUUGCUACAAGAAAUACAGCCUUUUGUUGAUAAAUCUGGUAUCAUAACACAAGUUAUUGAUAGUAAGCCGAUCUUUGUGUUUGAAACCGCCGAGUUCCUUGCAGCCAAAUUUAUCUGGAAUAAAUAUUCAUCACCACCACUUGAAGAAUUUGAAUCUUUCGCAAAAGACAUUUUGACACAUUUUAUCAAAAAUGACACAGUUCAAGUAGCCUUUUACUUACAAGAAAUGGCACUGAAUAAAACAAAACAGAGUGAACGUGCUGCUGCCCCCAUAGCUUGUAAUAUUUUAGACACACUAUUUGAAACUUUGCCCAACUCUUGGGAUAGCUUCCAUAAAAAGUCGAUAUCUUUCUUAUUAAGAAUAGUCGAUAAUUCCAUGCUUUUUGACAAAGAUUGCUCAAAAAAGCUUCAUGCACUUCUUCAAAACAAACCCCCCAACAGUCUGGCCAUUUUGCUCUUGAAAGCAUCUGAAAGUGGUUACACCAGGCUUGUAAAGUUGGCGAAUGAGUUAGGCAAUGAUGGAAUAAAUAUCACAUUUGAUUGGUUAAACCGCUGGACUGCACUUCACUUUGCAGCACAUCGUGGACAUAAAAACAUUGUAAAAUAUCUUAUAAAGAAAAAAGAUAGCAAGAACGCAGUCACUAUGGAUAAAGGGGAGAAUGUGCUGCACAUAGCGGCCAAAGCAGGUUUUAGAGAUAUUGUGUCCAUGUUACUUGAUCAUAAGGUAGACGUUCAUGGUACUACAGCUGAUGGUGAAACUGCUUUGCAUUUAGCUUCUAAACUUGGCCAUGUAGAAAUUGUAAGAAGUUUGAUAAAGCAUGAGGCUGCAAUUCACUCCAGAACAAAAUACGGAUUCACACCUUUGCAUUUUGCCACUAAACAUGGACACAUAAAAGUAGUCAAUUACUUGCUGGGAAAUGGUGCAAAUCCAAACGAAAUAACUAAUGAUUUGGGAUUCACGCCCCUUCAUUGGGCUGCAAAAAACAACUUCCCUGAAAUAGCAGAGCGUCUAAUAGUAAAUGGUGCUCAUAUUAGCAGCAUAAGUAUAUUAAAUGAUCAAACGCCAUUACACAUCGCUCGAUCGUACGGAAAUAGUGAAAUUGAAAAUCUACUUUUGGGAUAUGAAGCAAACCCGUUGUCAAAGACAAACUGACAGAGUUAGGUUUGACUGAAUGACUAUUAUAAUAAAAAAAAAACAAGAUUUAGUUUUAAGAGUCCUAAGCAAUACGAUCAUGAUUCAAUAAAAUAAAAUAUUUAGUAUA